AUUGGUUAGGUUAUGUCAAAGAGGUUAUCAACACAGAACACUAAAUAUGGAAAAGCUGAAAUUUGAAUUGAAUAAGGGGAAACAAAAUUGAAUUAUUUUUUAAUUCAGCUGCCCAUAUCAAAUUAGUAUUAUGAAUAUUUAUUCGACAUCAGUUUUAUUUAGAUCCCUCAUAUACAAACGAAGUAAUUUAUGUUGCAGUAUCAGAAUAUUCUCCUCUAAAAAUGACAUAAAUAAAGAAAUAGAUUCUCGAAUAAAGAUACAAGACUACGAUGUUAAUAAAGUAUCAAAAGAUGAUUUGAAUUGGCGAUGGUCUGUAAAUGACGAGAACAAAGAGUAUUUUAAAUCCUUGAGGCUUUUCUAUACUGAUUCUAAUAAUGUUGAAAUAGUUAAAGCCCUUCAAACUCCCUUGGAUCUUUCAUUCAGUGGAAUAAAAAAUUGGUUAACGAGAAAAAAUAAGCAGAGAGAAAUAAGUGAGCAAACCUAUAACCCAGAACGUAAUGAAGUUUUGGGGAAUGAAUUGGCUGCUGCACACUUUGUUGUAUUUAGAGGAGGUGCUGUGAAAUUUCAUGGAGAUGAUAAAUGGAUCAAAGCUGAUGAAUACAAAAAUUACAAUCUACCAGAAUACUAUGUAAGAAAUAAAUACAUAGAAGCUAUUGAUUGUAGUGAUACAGAUAUAUACUACGAGGGUUUGCAAAAUUUUCGAGAUGUUAAACAUUUGAAAUGGCUUAGUUUGAAUGAUUGUCAGGAUAUUGAUGAUUGGUGUAUAGAUACUAUCUGCGCUGCACACUAUAAAACACUUGUUUACUUAGAUUUGAGAAACUGUCGCAACAUCACCGAGAGAGGUUUAACUGCCCUUUGGAAAAUGAAAAAACUGAAAUUACUAUUCCUGGAUGACGUCAUUAGAUCUACUGAAUUUGAAAUGACAGUCUUAUUAUUGCAAGAACAGUUGCCACAAUUAGAGAUCAGAGUUGGAGAGUUUGCUGAAGAUGAUUAGUUGGAUCGAAGAUAAAAAAGUUGUACUACUUAUUAAUUUUUGAUGACAGUAUACAUGUAAAUAAAAUGUUUCAAAUUCAAA